AGGUCCGCGCGCUCCUGUCAAAGGGCGGGCCCAGGAGAGGCCGAGAGCGUUGUGUCAGAUACAGCAAACAGCAGCAGCACAAGCUUGGGCCAAUUCGCGCUCUCGGGCGCUGCUGUUCCUUUCAUUGCACGGGUGUACACCGUUUGUGAAAUAUACCAGUGGCGGUGAGGUGCGGUGCGUUGCUGUACUUGCGACGCCAUCGCACAUACUUCGCGAAGCGUUUCUUUUUUUGCUAUUUCUUUUACAUGCUCCCUGGAGGGGAAGCAUUAGCCGUGUAGCAAAAAGCAGCGGCCAGAGGAAAGAGGAAGUCCGUGCAAAGCAAGUCCGCGAACCAGCCAGCCCCAACAUUGUCCCACACACACGCACAGACUCAGAUGUGGUAUCCGCCGGCGUCACCUCAUGUGCUGUGCGUCGGCAGUGGUUGGACGGGGUUGGAGCGGAACAGUGAGCCAGCGAGUGCCGGACCGGAAGCGUAGGACUGUGAGGGCAGGCAGUGCCGCGCAGUGAAGCAUUGCAAACAUACGACGCGGUGCGGUGUGUGCGCGCGUGUGUCUGUUUGCUAGCGUGUGUGUGCGUGUGCGUUUGUGUGCGCGUUUGGAGAGGACCGAAAGUGAGGUGCAACCCGCAAGGCGACACCACCAAUCAAUUCAACCAGUCACCGACAGUCACCGACUCAACUCAACCAUGCCCCUGCUCAGGCGGCAAGUGCUCCAGAAAACGUCGACCGGGGAGCGGCUCCGCGAUGGCGACGAGGUGCUCUACUGCCAACCGACCGGGGAGAUAUUCAGCAACUACGAGGACUACUUCCACCGCAUCAUGCUCAUCUCGUCCAUGGUGUGGACCUGUGCGAUGACCGGGCGGCCCAAUCUCACCUACCUGGAGGCGCUCGACUCGGAGAAGGACGCCCGGAAGCUGCUGAAAACGUUUCCCGCCGCGGUCAAGGGCCCGUUCCUGCUCGUCGCCUCCCACACCCAGCGCACGUCGAUCAACGAAAUGCACGAGGACGUGUACGGGUUCGUGAAGGACCAUCUGUUCAAGGGCGAGUCGGUGGACGCGAUGGACCCGGUGCGGAAGGCGUUUCGGCGUGCCACCAUCACGAACGUGCUGGUCGAUAGCACCCUAACGCCCAACGCACUGACGUACCAGGUGCGGGCGGAGGACGACAUGACGCCGAAGGUGUGGACCGUACUGCCCGGCAACGUGAAGCGCGACCGCAGCGCGCUAACGCGCGAAAAGUGCAAACUCUUUCUCAAGCAGCACGUGGAGGCCGGCCCGGGCGGCCAGCUGCGCAUCAAGGCGGACUCGCUGGCCCGGUUCGUGACCGGCGAGGGCUGGACCGACGGGCUGGUCUUCCACGGCCAGACGCCCAGCUUCCAGCAGUCCAAGCGGCUGAAGCAGAACGCGGAGCGCGGUGAAGCGGGUGGCGGUGGUGCUGCUGCAUCGACGGUCAGCACCAAACAGCCGGCCAAACAGAAGAAGCAGACAAAACAGCUGGCGGCCGACGGGGCGGACGGGACCGGCAAGCCGAAAAAAGCGAAAACUCAACCGCCCGCCGACAAGGGCAAGGAGCGCAAGGGCAAGGAGCUGCCAAAGGCGGCGGCGGGAUCGACCGCGGGUGGCGGCGGCGGCAAGCAGCAAAGCAUCGCCAAGUACGUGGAGAAGCUGCCGGGCGAGACGCAGGCCCUCGAGGCGAAGGCGAAAAAGCAGGAGGAAGAGGCGGCCCAGCUGCGGCUGCGGGUGGAGCAGGAAGCGCUGGCGAAGAGGCGGGCGGAGGAGGAGAAGGCGCUGCUGGCGCAGCAGGUGGUGCUCGCGCUCAAGCGCUACAACGCGGUGCUGGAGGACCAGGAGCUGCCGGACCAGCGGCCGCUGCCGCCGGUGCGCCCUGUUCGGCCCCUGAUCGCGGCCCGCCACUUCAGCAGCUUCGUCUUCAUACUGGAGUAUCUGAACUCGUUCGCGGACCUGCUCGCGAUCCGCAGCAAGUUCCCGGGCGGGCUGACGAUCCAUCUGCUCGAGCGGGCGCUGAUACUGCGCGAGGUGAACGGGCCGCUCAGCGACAUCUUCCAGGUGCUGCUGAGCGCGAUCUUCACCCAGCAGCUGGAGGAGGAGAACGAGGAGAGCGUGCGGUACGAGCGGAUCGAGGGGCUGGCCCAGAAGCGGCAAACCGUGCCGGAGCAGGUGCGGGCCCGCGACGCGGCCCUCUGGUGCGAGAAGCACUACUCGACCAAGCUGAGCGAGAUGCCGAUCGACUCGAUGACGGUGUCGGAGCUGCUCCGGCUGCACUUUCUCGCGUCGGGCGCGCUGGUGGAGGAGCGAGCCGCCCGCCACCGCUACCAGAACCGGGGCGGGUACGGCAGCGGGGACGAUCCGGGGCUGCGGCUGGUGCGCGACUAUCCGCACAUCCUGCGCGCGCUCAACUGGUACUCCGUUUACCAGCUGCCGGUCGGCGACAUCAUCCAGAUCCUGUGCUGCCUAAUCCACCAGCUGCUGACGUACAGCGGGGUGCGCGAUCUGGUAGAGGAGCGGGUCGAGAAGGCGCGCACCGCCCGGACCAGCUACCAGGCGAACCGGUGGGCCCAGCGGCGGCUCACUGUGAAGGCGGGCUCGCUCAAGAACGCGGCCCGCGACGACAUGAAGCGCGAGCUGGCCGGCUUCGAGGGCGAACUGGCGGCCCGGGAGGAGUACCGGCGUAAGCUGACCGACCGGCUCGACGAGCAGUGUGCCCGGAUCGAGGCGGACGCGCAGCGCCAGCUGAAGGUGCUGCAGGCCGAGUCGGAGCGGCUGAAGGAGGACUUCUUCGACUACCAGAUCUAUCUCGGCACGGACCGGUGCUACCGCAACUACUGGCUGUUCGAGUCGCUGCCCGGCCUGUUCGUCGAGCACGAUCGGACGUACGCGGGCCGGUGCCUGGACCGCCCGACGCCCCACAUUCCCGGGCUGGCCGCGUGCGCGCCCGACCAGCGCAAGAAGUACAUUACGCGCGCGAUCAUGCGGUGCGCCGGGACGGACGGUGUGGUCGCCCUGCUCGACGCGAAAGCGAUCGCGGACGCAAACGCAGUGUCGUCCUCCUCUACUCGCCCGGCACCUGUAGAAGAAGUGUACGAGCAGCUGCUGACACUCGGCAGCGCCAAGCUGGAGAGCGCCGAGCAGCAGCAGCAGCAGGGCAAGUCGCGUGCCAACUCGGCCGAGCCCGCUACCGACGGCGUGAACGGCGGUGCGGCCACGAAUCUCCCAGCACCGGUGCGCCCGGCGUCCAACCAGGAGCUGCUGAUGUGCACCGCCCAACCGGACGACUGUCCCGUGCACACGGAGCAGCAUCCCGGGACGGUCGGCUGGGGCUACUACGCCACCGCCGACGAGCUGGACGCGCUGAUCCGCAGCCUGAACGCGCGGGGCGCCCGGGAGAAGCAGCUGCGCGAGACGCUCGAGUGCGAGCGGGACCUGAUCGUGACGCACAUCGCGAAGUGCCCGCUCGACAAGCUGUCGGUGGGCGAGGCGGAUCGGGCGGGUGCCCUCGCGGACAUUGCCUCCCGCAACCAGAAGCGGUACGAUGCGCCCAACUUCAGCCACGAGCCGGGCACGGAGCCGAACGAGAUACUGGAGGCGGUCUUUCUCGAGAACCUGCUCGAGCUGGAGGCGAAGAUAACGGUCGGCUAUCUGGGCGUGAUGCGGGUGCGCGACCGGGACAAGUGGCGCGAGGCGCUCGAGGCGCACGGGUACGAUGCGCAGACGGACAAGCCGCUCGUGUGGGGCCCGAAGCGGCUCGCGCCCAAGGCGGAGGAGGGCGACAACGGCAGGGAGCAGCAGGACGGCGAACAGAAGCAGGUGAAGCAGGAGAAUGGCGAGCCGAACGGCGACCGGGUGGACAGCGAGCAGGACCAGAAACCGGUGGUGGCGAAACUACCCGGCGGCGGCGAUCUCGAUUCGGAGCGGGACAGUCUCGAGCGGCUGAUGUCGGAAGCGUCCCACCCGGGCCAGGGGCUGCCCGACACGACAGUCUCCCUACUAGACGAGACGCUAGAGGGCGAAGAGGUGUCGUACCCGCUGCACGAGUCGGAAACGCUGCGCCAGAGGGUGCAGUCGCUCGGCCGGGCCCUGCUGCAGGUGGCGCAGUGCAUCGAUCCGAAGUUCCUGCGCCACCCGUUCGGCCCGAAGAAGGACCACAAGGACCGGGCGGUGAUGCAGCAGAAGCAGCACGAGGGGCUGAAGAAUCUGGUCCGGUGGGAGGUGUCGCUGAUGCAGUCGACCUGCUACGCACAGCUCUUCCUGCACUACAACGUGCUGUACGAUGCGAUCCACUGGUCGCGGUCGGCCGAGCGCAUCUGCUGCAUGAUCUGCCGGCGGAAGGGUGACCCGGGGCUGACGCUGCUGUGCGACGAGUGUAACCGGGCCUGCCACACCUACUGCCUGAAGCCGAAGCUGAAGGAGGUGCCGGCCGGCGACUGGUACUGCAAACGGUGCCGGCCCGAAAACUUCAAGGAGAAGCCGAGCGCGAACAGGAAGAAGAAGAAGAAGAUGUUCAGGUGGAAGGACGACGAGGAGGAGGACGAGGAGGAGGAGGAGGAGGAGCAGGAGGAGGAUGAGGAGGAACAAAACGGAAGAGGGCACAGAAGGGACGAGAUGGAGGAGGAUGCGGAGGAGGAGGAGGUGGAGGAGCAGGCCGAGGAGGAGGAUGGAGACGGUGUGGAGCAGCGGAAUGAGGCGGACGAGUCGGCAGGCUCGCAGGGAAGUGGCCCCGAGGACGGGGCGGAGGAGAACGACGACGACGGAAGUGAUGCGGAUUAUCGGGCGAAGCGCUCGAAGCUGAUGGUGAAGGUAGCGAAGGUGGCGAAGCGCAGUAAACCGAAAGCGAAAGCGAAACCAACGAUCGUGGUGACGUCGACGGGGCGCACCAGCCGCAGUACUGCCGCGACGAACGGCGCCUACCGGUACGGGGACGACGGCGAGGACGACGAGGAGAAGGAUGACGACGACGACAACGGGGAGGAGGAGGAGGACGAAGAUGAGACGAUAGCGGACGAGGACGACGAAUCGUACGAUGAGCGGGAGGAGCGUCGGAAACGCCCCCGGGCCGCAGCCUCGCUCUCGAACGGUGGCGCCGAUCGGAAGCGCAACAAUGCCCAGCGGCGGUCCGCCAGCAAGAAGCACAAGCGGGCGGGGGAUGCGCAGGACGUGUCGCCGCCCGCGAGCAAGCGAGCCCGGCGGGCGACCAACGGUCGGGCCAAAGUGGCCGGGCCGGGCACGAUCGAUAGCGACGAGGAGCCGCUCGGUGGCGGCGGGUCGCGCAAAGCGCCGACCCGCACGAGCGCCCGCUCGACCAAGGGCCAACGACGCAGCUCGCCGUACAACGACUACGACGACGAGGAGCUGGACGACGAGGAGGACGGCGACGAGGAAGGCACGGUGGCCCGGUUGCGCAUCGGGGCGGCGGCCCGGCGGUCGCGCCGCACCGGCGACGACCUGCCGCUCAACUCGGUCGCGCUCUACACGCUGAUCGACGACAUACUGAAGCACCCGAACUCGUGGCCGUUCAACCGGCCGGUCUCGGCGAAGGAGGUGCCGGACUACUACGCCGUCAUCAAGAGCCCGAUGGACUUUGCGCGCAUCAAGUCGAAGCUGAACAUGGGCGACUACAAGAUCAACGAGCAGAUGCUGAGCGACGUGCAGCUGGUGUUUCGCAACUGUGAUCUCUACAACACCGACGAGACGGACGUCUACCGCAUCGGCCGUGACCUGGAGCGGUACGUGGUGAAACGGUGCAAGGAGCUGAAUCUACCCUUCCAGCCCAGUGAUAUGCAGAAGCCGGGUGUCCAGCAGAACGGCCCACCGUCCAAAAGCGUCAAUGGCGUCGGCGACGGCGACGACGGCGCACAUCGCAAGUAGUAGCGUGCCGUGUGGCACGAGAGCAUCCAGUGGCCUCAGCAACCGCACGGACGGAAGCGUCUACGGAUGGCUUUGACUUUCCAUCUUCUGCUAGGCACAUCGUGUACAGAGUUCAUCGGCUAACCAUCAUUUUAGCUUUGUUCCAGCAGCACCAGCACCACCACAGCUAAUGCAAAAAAGAGAAGGGACACAAUGUGUAUUGCAAUAGGUUUAAAGCUAGCUUAAAAUCAACAAUCCUAGGAUAAGGGAACCUAUUUACUUAUUUAGACCGUAAGGAACAAUUCCAAGCAGCAGCGGGGUCUCCACCUGAACUCUCACAUUUUUAAGGCCAAGGUUAAGAGGAGGAGAAAGAGCGGGGGUAUGUCGAACAAAGUCGUGUGCAGCACGAACAAAAAAAGUCAACCAAAUCGCCCCUCCCCCCCUACAUAAACACACCUUGUGUGCUUUUCUCUCGUGGAUUCUGAUUGUGUAACGAAAACCAGUGGCGCGCGUGGGUUGGGUGUAUUAUGAAUCUUGUUAAAACUCUUGUUUUUUUUUGUAUUUUCUAAUGCUUAUGUUCCUAAAGGUAUACUACUGAGCUUGGUUUUGUGCUGUGCCCAGGCCAGGCAGCUUCACAGGCGGUAGGAGGGGGACAGGCGCACAUUUAGCUUCAUUUUCUUUCGUCUUUCAUUUACACAUAGCAUUCAACAAAUUUGUGUUUACUCCAUUACAUGCACCAAACCAGAAUCGAUUAGUUGAUUAAGGCCCAUUAAAGGGAUUCACACUUUACACACUAGCGGAUAAGGAAGGUGUUUAGGACACACACACACACACACACAGAUACACUUUAAUACGCAACGAGAAGCGAUAAGGUAGCGAUGAUCAUCGUAGCAAUUGUACAGACAUUUUGCUUUUAAGAAAACAUACAAAACAGAACCUUAUUUCUUGUGAGGCAAUUCUAUGGAGAAAAAAACACCGGGAAAGGGGGAGUAGAUUUUUGCUCUCCUAUCAAUGAGGUUUGUUUUUUCUUUCUUUUGGAUCGUAUCACGAUGCGCAGGAAGCAGAAGCGAGGACGCAAGCAACUUUGAAGAAAGUGUAAUAGGUAUAGAGGAAAAUGAAAGAUUGCUUUUAGAUGCUUAAGUUUUACACAAUAAAUAAUAGGAAUAAGAUGAGCUCCAGCAAA